AUGGAAAUAUCUAACAAAGUAUUUUUCAUAACGGGGGCGGCUCAAGGCCUUGGAAAGGGGAUGGCAGAAGCGGCACUGAAAAGGGGCGGAAAGGUUUUUAUUGCAGAUCUCAAUACAAAAACCGGCGAGGAGACUUUAGCAGCCCUACAAAAGGAAUACGGAGCUGACAAUGUCAGAUUUGGAAAAUGCGACGUUACCAAGAAAGAUCAAUUUACAGCUACCUUUCAGUCGGCUGUGAAUAGUUUUGGUCACAUUGACGUGAUGGUGAAUAACGCAGGAAUAAUGAAUGAGAAUAUGUGGGAAAUGACGAUAGCGAUCAAUGUGAAUGCAGUUAUUUGGGGAACUAAUUUGGCCAUGGAACACAUGCGUAAGGAUAAAGGUGGUAGAGGAGGGAUGAUAAUAAAUACGGCUUCAAUAGCAGGUUUGGCGCCAUUUUUCUGGUUUCCAGUCUAUACGGCUACAAAACAUGCGGUAGUUGGAUUUACUAAAAGCUGGGCGUCAAAUCCAAAUAUGCCCAGCAUGGGAGUGAGGUUGGCCUGUCUGUGUCCAUCCGCUGCAGACACAAGUCUUAUGCAUCCAAAGCCAGAUCAAUGUAUUUGCUACGACAGUCUAAUGGCCUAUCUCGACGUUCUUGAAAUCGUUCCAGUGUCUGCUGUAGGUGAUGCCUUCAUCAAACUGGUUCAGGACGAGGAUAGCAAUGGGAAGCUGAUGGCCAUCAUGCCAGGAUCAGAUUCGUUUUACACGGAACAGGUGCUUGAUCCGCCGCUUGUGAUGCCCAAGCUUGAUACGAGUCAAGAUAUCAUAUACUAGAUCAAAGUGUUAAAGGAAUGCUUAAGUGUAUAAGCUAUAAGUAUAUAUUAUUUUUCAAUACAAAAUAAAUCACCAUUGUCCAUGUAUUAACCUAUGUACUGAAAUGACACGCGGAGUGUUUUCUUAGUUAAUUGGUCUAUUUUGGUGUUUGCCAC